GCAGCUCUUUGUAACACGUUAUGUGAAGUACCCGACCAGCUAAGACACCGAGCAAAAUAAAGGCUUCUGCAAUUACAGGUCAGACGAUUAAAACAAGACAAUGGAUUGGGGAGCUCUGCAUACCAUUUUAGGAGGCGUAAAUAAGCACUCCACCAGCAUUGGGAAGAUAUGGCUCACAGUCCUGUUCAUCUUCCGUAUCAUGAUCCUGGUUGUGGCUGCAGAGAGAGUCUGGGGAGAUGAACAAGACGACUUUGUCUGCAACACUCUGCAACCUGGUUGCAAGAAUGUUUGCUAUGAUCACUUUUUCCCCAUCUCUCACAUCAGACUCUGGGCCCUGCAGCUGAUCUUUGUUUCCACACCUGCACUGCUGGUGGCCAUGCACGUAGCUUACAGGAGACAUGAGAAGAAAAGGCAAUUCAGAAAGGGAGACCAGAAAUGUGAAUUCAAGGACAUUGAAGAAAUCAGAAAACAGAGGUUUCGUAUUGAGGGCUCCUUGUGGUGGACAUACACCAGCAGCAUCUUCUGCAGACUGGUCUUUGAAGCAGUCUUCAUGUAUGCAUUUUAUUUCAUGUACAAUGGGUUCCAAAUGCCUCGCUUAAUGAAGUGUAAUGCUUGGCCCUGCCCCAACACAGUAGACUGCUUUGUUUCUCGACCUACUGAAAAGACAGUGUUUACUAUUUUCAUGAUUGCUGUGUCCAGCAUUUGCAUUCUUUUAAAUGUGGCUGAAUUAUGUUACUUACUGACAAAAUUUUUCCUCAGAAGGUCUAAAAAAGCUGGAAAUCCAAAACAUCACCCCAACCAUGAGAAUAAGGAAGAAACCAAACAAAAUGAAAUGAAUGAGUUAAUAUCUGAUAGCUGUCAGAACACAGUUAUAGGAUUUUCAAACAGCUAA